AUGGAGAAGACGACGUACAAGCGGCUGAAGGGAAGCCAGAGCUUGAGGCAGAGACUGCUUCUUUCGACCCUUUCUUCGACGCCUAUCUCAAUUUCAGAGAUUCGCGACGACGACAUGAUGCCUGGUCUCCGUCCUCACGAGGUUUCUCUUCUCCGACUCUUCGAAGCUGUCUCCGACGAUUGCUCUCUUGUGAUCAACGAGACCGGAACUCAAUUUAAGUACAAGCCUGGAACUAUAAUGGGAGGGAAGAACUUGGUUCAUAACUGUGCGUUGAGUCGAUCCAUUGGCUAUUAUCUGGAGCCUCUGCUUGUGUUAGGUUUAUUUGGAAAGAAGCCCCUUUCGAUUAGGCUUAGAGGAAUCACAAAUGAUCCAAGAGACCCGAGCGUUGACACAUUCCGUUCCACUACCUUACGUAUCUUAAAGCGUUUUGGAGUGCCUUCGGAAGGUUUGGAGCUUAGAAUCGAAGCCCGUGGAGUAGCUCCAGGUGGAGGUGGAGAAGUUCUGUUAACGGUUCCAAAUGUUCAGACCCUAACUGCGGUUCAAUGGACAAAUGAAGGAAUGGUGAAGAGGAUACGUGGUUGUACUUUCUCUACAAGAGUGUCUAGAGACUUUGAACAUUCCAUGAGAUUCGCAGCUCGUGGGAUCUUUAACAACCUCUUGCCUGAUGUUCACAUUUUUGAAGAUCACAAAUCUGGCCCUCAGGCUGGGAAUUCUCCUGGAUACGGGAUAUCAUUGGUAGCGGAAACAACUACAGAGUGUUUCAUCUCUGCAGAUACAGCAGUGUCUUGCGGAAGAAGAGACGAAACAGGAGAGCUCGAUGUAGAGAAGGUAGUGAGAUUGCCAGCAGAAGACACAGGAGUGGAAAUAGCUUCAUGGCUUCUUCAUGAGAUUGAAAAAGGCGGAGUUGUUGAUUCAUCACACCAGGGAUUGUUGUUCAUACUUUGUGCGUUAUGUCAACAAGAUGUGUCAAAGGUUCGAGUGGGAACAUUAUCUCCUUAUGGAGUGGAGACGUUGAGAAACAUAAAAGAGUUUUUGGGAGUUCAGUUUGUGUUCAAACCUGAUCCACACACAGGCACCGUUGAACUCUCUUGCGUUGGAAGUGGCUUGAUUAACCUCUCCAGAAAGCUGUCUUGA